AUGAACGCGUCUCUGAAUGAUCCGGCUACUACUGUGUAUGUGGGAAAUCUAGAUCCCAAAGUGACCAAAGCACAAUUAUAUGAACUCUUCGUGCAGCUGAGUCCAAUAUCCAGAAUACGCUAUCCCAAGGAUAAAAUACUGCAAUUGCAUCAAGGGUAUGCAUUUGUUGAGUUUUACACACCAGAAGACUGCCAAUAUGUGGCACAACUAAUGAACAAUACCGUAUACCUAUACGAUAGAGCUCUAAAAGUGAGACCGGCAAAUGCACAGUUGUCAAGCAACAGUUCUUCAGUGAUUUCUGUAGAUGUAAAUGUACUACCUAUUGCCAAGGUCUUUGUUAAAAAUCUGGAUAACUCCAUAGAUGAAAAUCAGCUAACAAAGAUUUUUACCAAAUAUGGUCCAUUGUCUAAAAGUAGUGAUGUUUUUCACCUUUCCAAUGGCCAGCUGCGAUGUGCUUAUAUUUAUUUCAAAUUUUAUGAUGAUGCCGACACUGCAAUUUCUUCCUUGAAUUGUGAACUACUAGCCAACAAGAAGAUAUCUUUAGAUUACGCCUUCAAAGACAACGUUAAGGGUAAUGUUAAAUACGGAGGAGAGGUCGAUAGAUUACUAAAUAAAGAGGCAAGGAAAAAUGGUAUCUUGAAAUAA